GGAUCCAUCCCUAUACUUUUCCUUUGAAGGAAAGGAGGCGGGUGAUUGCUUCUGUUUCCGGGUUAAAUGCUGGCGAAGUCUGUGUUUGCUGCAGUGACCCGAAGAUGAUGAGUUUCCGCCGCUUCCAACAGCAUGUGUUUUCUUCCUUGCUGCUUCGCGUUGCGCCCGGUAUCGUGUUGGAAGGAGGUGCCCGUAAUCGAUCUGCUUAGAUGACUUUGACGGCAGUCUGAACCUUAAGCCCAAAGGCUUUGUGAGUGUUUAAUUUCAAAGUAUGAAUGUCCUGAGUUGGUUGAUGGAAACAUUGCAUGACUUUUGAAAAUCCACGGGCAAGUAUGUUGCAGUUACCAAAAGCAAGGGGUAUUCCACUAAUUCGCUACCUGAUGCUGAGACAUUUUGUUACUAAAAGCAGAACUGCUAUCAAAUAUGCAUCGUUUACAAAUGUUCUGCAGUUACAUGAAAAACAGUUAAUUGGAUUUACCUUCCCUCUCCAAGAGCUGGCAAGGCACCUGGACCCUACUGUGGAUACAUCGUGUUUUUAUACUUUCAAACCGAACUAUAAUGACAUUAGCAGGGCAGAGGUCUUUUUCAUUCAGUCACAUCAACACAUAAUUGAUUAUUUCACUUCUGCGGUCCGGAUGGAUCAUGCCCCUGAAUUGUCACAGCCUGAGGUUUGCUUCCUAGGGAGAAGCAAUGUUGGAAAAUCCUCCUUAAUAAAAGCCUUGUUUUCACUGGCCCCUGAUGUUGAAGUCAGAGUUUCCAAGACCCCAGGUCACACAAAGAAACUGAAUUUCUAUAAAGUGGGAAAAUUCUUCACUUUGGUAGAUAUGCCAGGCUAUGGUUACAAAGCACCAAAAGAUUUUGCAGAGAUGGUGGAGCCUUACUUGAAUCAGCGUCAGAAUUUGAGAAGGACGUUCUUGUUAGUGGAUGGCCAAACAGGAAUUCAGGAAAUGGAUAAUAUUGCUAUAGAGAUGUUGGAAGAAUUCGGACUUCCUUACGUUCUUGUAAUAACAAAAAUUGACAGAGCAUCAAAAGGAUUGAUGGCAAAAAAUGUACUACAGAUUCAAGAGUUUAUAAGGAAAAAGACACACGCAUGUUUCCCUCAACUCUUUCCAGUCAGCUCUGUGUUUUAUUCUGGAAUCCAUGUACUGAGAUGCUUCAUAGUACAUGUUACUGGACACCUACCUUUAUCCAGCUGAUGAAACUUUGUGUUGAGAAUCAUCACACAUCCUCUCCACAUUAUAUGCUGUUCUUUCACUAAAAGAUUUACUUAAUUACAUAAUUCCAUUUUUAAAGUAAUUAUUCCUGUAAAUAUUUGACUGCAAUAAAUGCUAAUAAAUGUAUUAAGUUAUUCA